UCAUUUUGGUGGCUGGAAAGUACACCCAGCUGAAAACCAUCAGCCAUUUAGACUCCAUGCUUCAUUUGAAUUGUGCUUCUGGACACAAGUCAAGGAUGACAACUUGUUUUCGAGCACUUUGCUGCAAGGGACCACCACCUGCGCGCCCUGAAUAUGAUUUGGUUUGCAUAGGUCUCACAGGCUCUGGGAAGAGCAGUCUGUUGUCCAAGCUCUGCAGUGAAAGCCAGGAGAACGUCGUGUCAACCACAGGUUUUAGUAUAAAGGCAGUGCCAUUCCAGAAUGCCAUCUUGAAUGUAAAAGAACUUGGAGGAGCUGAUAAUAUCCGGAAAUACUGGAGUCGUUACUACCAAGGAUCUCAAGGAGUAAUAUUCGUAUUAGACAGCGCCUCUUCAGAGGAUGAUUUAGAAACAGCUAGAAAUGAACUGCACUCAGCUCUUCAGCACCCACAGUUAUGCACUUUACCCUUUUUAAUAUUGGCCAAUCAUCAAGACAAGCCCGCAGCUCGCUCAGUGCAAGAGAUCAAAAAAUAUUUUGAACUUGAACCACUUGCUCGUGGAAAACGCUGGAUUCUGCAGCCCUGCUCAGUAGAUGACAUGGACGCACUGAAAGACAGCUUCUCUCAGCUCAUAAACUUGUUAGAAGAAAAAGACCUUGAGGCGAUGAGAAUGUGAAAUCUGACACAAAAGAUCCCCGAAAGCCUUGAACCCAUCAUGUUAGUUUCCCAUUCUGAUUUCAUGUUGGUGUCAAGACUGUCAUGGCUUCAGUCUCUAUUUUCUUCUAGCUGUUUCAGACUUUCAUCUCUCUGUUAAAGUGACUGUUCUGUAAGUCAGGUGAAUUAGCAUCGGCAUUAACGUCAAGUACACACUACUGAAAGAGAAUUUAUUCUCUGUUUACCACUAAUAAUCUUCAUGGCAUGUCUCUUCCUUCUGUUGGUCUAAGACUCUCUUCUAUACUUUGUGCUAAAGUAGAUGGAGCUCACAGCUAGCUCAUGGGAACGAAACCCCUUCUGAAGAAAGACAGACUCACAUGUCUUCACUAAUUCUCCCUGGGCUUGAGAUGAGAGGAUUGUAACUUUGUAACUGACUCCACAUGAUGUAUAUGCCCUUUCCAUUUCCAUGAUCUCUUAGGGGUUUGAGUUUUUUACAUUUUAUUUUAUCUUGUCUGCCUUUCAUAUUAGUGUGUGUGU